UUUAGGUUAGGUGAGGGUGAGAUUGAUUAGAAAAAGACUGGUAGGCUACUUUGUAUGCAAAAUAUAAUUAGGUUAAUUGUUUUUUCAAUAUGCAGGAUCCAACAAAUUUAAUGGAAGUUCUUAAAACAAAUAACUAUCUUCUGAUGACUGAUGAAGAAGGAAAUGAAGUGUUUGACGAUGAGGGCAAUUUACUUCUGUAUCAUACAAAUGGUGAUAAUUGUUUAUCAGUACCAAAUACUGAAGAAAUAAGAACACUCUACGAUCUUUCUUUGAAACCAUCCGGGAUCAAAGUUGUAAUGAAGCGAGAGGAAAUCAGUUUACCAGGAAAACUGGUGCCUGUAAUACAUGAAAACGAUAAUAAAAAAAGAACUCUUGAAGAAAACAAUGAAAUGGAAGAAAGGGAUGUUGACAUGAAGCCGGAUGCUGAACUUAAACGCAUACAACUUUCAGAUCAAAGUUCUGACAAAGACAUUUUACCAGCAAAAGCACUUGUCCUGCUGACAACACUGGUCAACUCUCCGAGGUACAGUAAGUACUUGAAAGAUAAAUCGUUCCCUCUCAAAAAUAGAAUCUGGGAAGACGUUUACAAGGAUAUGACAAAGGAAGGAUGGAAAUUUGGAAAAAAUAUAAAAGAAGGAGCAUCAGUGCUAGCUGAAAAAUGGAAACUAGUGGAGUCAACUGUUUUGAAAAAGAAAACUCCUAGAACACUGUUGACCCCUGAUUUACGUAAAUCAAUUAUUUCUGAUAUUGAAGAAAGGCGAAGGCGAGAUGCUCUUGGAAUUAGCCAACCGAGUACUCCGAGCUCAGCUGAGUUAUUAUCCAAUCGAAAACCUAAAAAUAAAGAAAUCCCACUACAAAUAGUGGAUUUUUUACUGAGAUUGAUGACAGAGAAAUAUCAGAACAUAGCAACUAAGCCCCCAGACAGGGGCAGUAAAGUUUGGGAGAAAAUAUUUGAAGAUAUUCAAUCUCAAGGGUUUGACAUUCCGGGUGAAACAAAACAGGAAAAGGUAUCAAGAUUGUUUCAGAAAUGGCGGAAUAUGAAGAGAGCUUUUGCUAAUUAUCAAGUCGCUAAAUACCACGGGAAAACAGGAAGAAGGCCAUUUUUCUACGAAACUAUGUUCAACAUCUUCUCAAAAGUUGUUUUGAACACUCCUAAUGAAUUGGAUUGUGAAUCCGAAGAAGAACUUGGAAAUGAUGAAGAAGAUGAUGAUUCAGAAUAUGACUGCAGUUUUGAUGCGUUAGAGUAUGCUCAAGUAGAUCACUGUUACAAUCAGUCCAGUCAAACGAGUAUGCAAAGUGAACCAACAGAGACUAAAACAUUCUCAAUGCCUCAAUCCAUCUCGGUACCCUCAACCAGUGGUACAGAAAUAGUAGAGGUCCUUAACCAAAUCAAGUCCCUCAACGAAACAUCUCUUGCGAUGCAACAACAGAACUUUUCCAAAAUGUUUUCUCUUAUUGAAAAUUUGGUCAGUCAACAAACUAAACUAACUACUGUGAUAUCUGACUACAUUAUGAGCGAAACGGCUAAAUCCAGUCAUAAAAACCACAGAAAUUGAAAAAAUGACCAUAGUGAAAUUUUAACCAUAUCAUAAUUACAUUUAUUUUUUAAGUGCCUUUAAAAAUGAAACCAAAAAAGAAAACAAUUUAAUUCAGAGUAGCAAUCAAAGUCUAGACUUUAUACAUAGCUAUAAUAAUUCAAUACCUAAUGAAUUUUCUUUCAAGUAACCUUGAGUUCACACUUUUAAUUCAAUUCACAUUAUUAUUUAAUUAUCACAGUCCAAUUGUAUAAGUCAAUGUAUAUAGUUUUUAAAACAUCGCUUAUAAUAAUUAUUUCCCCCUUUCUAUGAGAAAGAUCCACAAUGUA